AUGGCCACCUUCACCGCCCGCGAACUCGAGAUCCUCGCACUCGUCCACCAGUGCUUCAUCUCUGACCCAAAGGUCGACUAUGAAAAGCUCGCCACCCUCGGCGGCUUCAAGAACAAAGCCUCCGCCAACGCAGUCUGGGGCGCCAUCAAGAAGAAAGUUGCGACCCACGCCGCCAACGGCGCCGCUUCCACUACCGCCGCCACCAGCACUUCUACCACCGCUACCCAGACCACUCCCGCCAAGCGCAAGAAACCAGCCACCAAGCCGACCACCGACGACGGCGAGGCCGCAGGCCCUCCGAAGCGCGGAAGGCCGGCUACGAAGGCCAAGGGCGCCGACGGCACCAAAGCCACCAAAGCCACCAAAGCCACCAAAGGCGCGAAUGGAAAGGGCGGACUGGCGAAGGCGGAGCCAGAGGCCGAUGCUGCCGACGACGAGGCGGCGUUGCGCGAGGAGGAAGAGGCCGAGAUGGUCAGGGCGGAGGAAAGGGAGUUGGUUGGGAGCCUGGUCAAGAAGGAGCCGGAGAUUGAGGCCGAGGACGAGAUGGAUGGGGAGAUCGAUUGGGAGGUCGAGCAGAAGCGCUUCUUGAACGCCGAGUGA